AUGGAUCCCACUAUCAGCGUCCUAGCUUCGUCCCGCGCCGUCGUCUCGGGCCGCUUCACUGCAGCCACCAUCGUGGUGUCCCAGGCCACUGGGAAGAUCGUGCAGGUGUUUGACGCCGUCAAGCCCGUCUCGGCCUUCCCCGCUGGCACCCCGUACAAGGACUACUCUCCGGCCGUUCUCCUGCCGGGCCUGGUCGAUGCUCACGUCCAUUUGAACGAACCAGGACGCACGGAAUGGGAGGGCUUCUACACCGGCACCCAGGCUGCGGCCUUUGGCGGCGUGACCACCGUCAUCGACAUGCCGCUCAAUGCCAUCCCCCCUACCACCACCGUAGCUGGCUUCCAUGAGAAAAUCCGCGCUGCUCAGGGAAAGUGCUGGGUCGACGUCGGCUUCUAUGGCGGUAUCAUCCCCGGAAAUUCCCACGAGCUCAAGGGCCUUGUGGCCGAGGGCGUGCGUGGCUUUAAGGGCUUUCUCAUUGAUAGUGGAGUUGAAGAAUUCCCUGCUGUAUCUGCCCAUGAUAUCGAGUUGUCCAUGAAGGAGCUGGCAGAUGAGCCCACCACGCUGAUGUUCCACGCCGAGAUGCUACCCCCGAUCACAGACUCGGUGGGAGACGAUGUGCAAACCUCACUGCCUCCGCUCGCCCCAGCCGGUCCUCUGCAGGCAUACUCGACUUUCCUGGCCUCUCGCCCGCCAUCUUUCGAGACAUACGCCAUUGCAGAAAUCAUCCAACUGGCCCCCACCGCGCCAAACCUACCCUUGCACAUCGUCCAUCUAUCCGCCAUGGAGGCCAUCCCUUUACUGCGCGAUGCCCGGGCCAAUGGUAUCCCCAUCACCGCCGAAACCUGCUUCCACUAUCUCUCCUUGGCCGCCGAGGAGAUCGCCGAAGGCGACACUCGCCACAAAUGCUGCCCGCCAAUCCGCUCGCAGUUGAACCAGGACGCGCUGUGGGCUGAACUGGAGCGGUAUGCCGGCGACGGCGUCAUCAAGACGGUCGUCUCGGAUCACUCACCGUGCACGCCAGACCUCAAACUUCUCCCCUCGCACAUAUCGGGCUUGAGCAGCAGCAGUAACAGCUCUGCCAGUUCGUCGACCGUGCUGACCCCGGCCUCCGCCAACUCGGCCAGCAGCAGCGUCACAGAUUUCUUCGAGGGCCAGGAAGCUGCAGUUAACGACGGGAAUUUCUUUUCUGCCUGGGGCGGCAUUUCGUCCGUUGGCCUGGGUCUGCCGAUUCUAUGGACCGAGAUCAGUCGGCGUAAGAACAGUGGUAUUAAGAGUAAGACGGUGGAGCAGCAUCUGCAGGAUAUCGUGCAAUGGUGCUGCGUCAACACGGCCGUGCAGGUUGGCCUGGAGAAGCAAAAGGGUGACAUUGCUGUCGGCUGUGAUGCUGAUAUCUGCGUGUUUGAUGAUGCCGCCGAAUGGGUCGUUGAGCCCAGCACCAUGCUGUUCCGUAACAAGUGCUCGCCGUACCAGGGCCGAACGCUCCAGGGGAUGGUGCAGGAGACGUGGGUGCGCGGAUCGAUGGUGUUUUCGCGCGCUGAGGGGUUCAAUGCAAAGGGCGUGACGGGCAAGCUGCUUCUUGAGCGGAGGACUCACUAA